AUGUCCGUUGGAGAAUACACGGCCAAAUUCAAUGAACUUCUACAGUACUGGCCUCAAUACCAAGAUGCUCGGAACAAAGAGGACUUAUGUGCUCAGUUUGAGAAUGGGCUUCGACUAGAGAUUCAACAGGCAGUUAGCUACAUGCAGAUUACAAAUUUCAAUCAACUGGUGAUGAAGUGCCGAAUAUUUAAGGACAAGAUGAAAGAGAGGCAAGCCAGAGGCUUUGGAGGACCACAAAGAAGCCACCCUUUUAGAGGAAACAAUAAUAAGAAGAUGAAGCCAUAUUCCAGCAACAAGGGGAAGCAACCUAUGGCUAUGUCCAACAUGAGCCAAUCAAAGGGGACUGGGGUACAGUGCUUUCAGUGCGGAGGACCACAUCUUAGGAGAAAUUGCCCACAACUCCAGCAGACACAGGAAGAUUGUUGCUAUAUUUGUGGCAAGGUAGGCCAUUAUGCUCGGGAGUGCAGAAUGGCUGGGAGAUCGACGGUAACUGCCAAUUCUAACACAGUCAACCGUGGAUCUACUAAUCCCACGAGGAGCGAGAAGAUGCUAGUAUUUGGUGGAAAUGUAAUUCCAAACGAACCAUUGAAGGAGAAUGCUGCCAGCGAUGGAGUGGGGGAUGUUUGA